GAGAGGGAGAAUAAAAAAGAAAAGGAUCGAAAGAAGGAAGAGAGAAAAAAAGGGGAGCGCUCUCUUCCCGCACCCGACCCCGCUGGUCCAUGGUCCCCCUGCCAGAGAUCCGGUCUGCUAAUUCUCCUUUUUUCUGCCCUUACUGCCCGACCCUUCUCCUGCUCGUAGUCUCUCUCCUUCUCUCUCACUUGCCCGCUGCCUGUUUUGCUCACUCCACCACCUUCCCCCUCUCUCUCUCAUGGUGUGAGCUCUUCAAUGGAAGAAGAGAUGAAGGGUGGCGCUGUGGGGUCUGUGGGAAGAUAAAAAAAAAAAAAACUCACUUGCACCCGUGGUCCUUCUCCUUCCCCCGUUUCCCCCGGGCAGAUUCAUCUCUGUCUCUCUCUCCUGUGACUCACUGACCCUUUGAAGAGUCUGAGUCUGACUAAUCUUCUUCUUCUUUUUCAGUUGAUUGGUGAAUGUGGGGACGACACAAAGACGUCUCCGGUGGAGGGGGAGAGAGAAGAGAGAGAAACGGAGUGAAGGGCUCUUCUUCUCCUUAUCUUUGAGAAAAAGUUAGGGAUUUCCUGGUCCAUCGUUUUCUUUCCUUCCUCCGGUUUGUUGGGCGUGCUGUCUCCCUCCUCUUUCGUCUUCUUCUUUUUCCCUUCUUUCCAUGAUCUUCUUGGAUUGAGAAAUCUCAGUGGUGGAUUUGGAGAUUGGCCUUGAUUUGCAGGCUUGGUUUGGAAGAGGCUUGGAGGCUUAAGAUUUCUGGAUGCAUUUUUGCCUGCUCCACUUUUCUUGAGACUCCGUCUCACCUGACUCUGUAGGGGGAUCAUCUACUUGUAGGAUUUUGUUGGCUACAUGCAUUGUCUUCAUUGAGGAAUUUUUUUCCCUUUUUCUAUUUGUCCUUUAAGGAUUUUUCCAUUUUCAUCAAAUAACGACCACGUGGAGUUUGUGAAAGGGGAGUUCUGUAGAAUGGUGGUAUUCCUGUUGUUCUUUUAGCAUCCAGAUUGUCAAAAAGGGGAUGGGUCUGGGACCUGGAACUGUUCAGGUGGAGGCGUGGGAGCAUGUGGGGAAGUCAAGAGGAAGGAAGAAGAAGGAUGGUGUGGAGGAUCCUGGAUGCUGGAAUUUUAAGAUUAGGUUUAUGGGUAGUUGCAUCUCUUCUAGAUCUAAGGUGGAUAGCUCUAUCAGCAGCACCAGCACUUAUUACGCGGAAAGUAAAUCAACAAAUGAAGGUAGUAGAGACCAGCCUACUGUGCCUGCUGGGUCCUCCACAACCACCAGCAAUCCCGAAAGCAGUAUAUCAACACCCAAUGUUGGUGAAGAUUUUAAAGUUGCUUCGCAGCUUAGGAAGUUUGCCUUUAAUGAUCUCAAAUAUGCAACAAGAAACUUCAGACCAGAAAGUUUACUUGGUGAAGGAGGAUUUGGUUGUGUCUUUAAAGGUUGGAUUGAAGAGAAUGGGACGGCACCCAUGAAGCCAGGAACUGGACUUACAGUUGCUGUUAAGACGCUCAAUCAUGAUGGGCUUCAGGGUCACAAAGAGUGGCUGGCUGAAGUCAACUUUUUAGGUGACUUAGUCCAUCCUAAUUUGGUCAAGCUAAUUGGAUACUGCAUUGAAGAUGAUCAAAGGUUGCUCGUAUAUGAGUUUAUGCCCCGAGGAAGCUUGGAAAAUCAUCUUUUCAGAAGGUCUCUGCCACUUCCGUGGAACAUCAGAAUGAAGAUUGCCCUUGGUGCUGCCAAAGGCCUUGCUUUUCUUCAUGAAGAAGCUGAAAGGCCAGUAAUCUAUCGGGACUUCAAGACGUCGAACAUCCUGUUAGAUGCGGAAUACAAUGCCAAGCUCUCUGAUUUUGGUCUGGCGAAAGAUGGUCCUGAAGGUGAUAAGACUCAUGUUUCAACUCGAGUCAUGGGAACUUAUGGCUAUGCAGCCCCUGAAUAUGUAAUGACUGGGCAUUUGACGUCCAAGAGUGAUGUCUACAGUUUUGGUGUUGUCCUUCUGGAGAUGUUAACUGGCCGAAGAUCUAUGGACAAGAGCAGACCCAAUGGCGAACACAAUCUUGUGGAGUGGGCACGGCCUUACCUUGGUGAAAGGCGCCGUUUUUAUCGCCUCGUGGACCCCCGGUUGGAAGGUCAUUUCUCCAUUAAAGGUGCACAAAAAGCAGCACAACUAGCAGCUCACUGCCUUAGUCGAGAUCCGAAAGCUAGGCCGCUGAUGAGUGAAGUCGUCGACUCCCUCAAACCCCUUAUAAACCUCAAGGACAUGGCCAGUUCCUCCUACAACUUCCAAGCAUUCCAAGCAGAGCGUAUUAGUGCUCAUCUGCAUGCAAGAAGCUCUAAAGGCCAAACUCAUGCUUCAAGGAAUGGUCCAGUAAGGACUCUGUCGAAUGGAGCCCAUGCUUCUCCGCACAUGCGCUCACCGAAGGGUAAACAGCAAUAGAAUCCUCCUUUUCUUCUUACAGGAUCAUAUCUGUAGGCUUUGAGAUUGAAUGGUCUAUGCCAUAGAGUUAUGCGAGCGUUGGACGGCGGCAUUAGUUUUGCCCUUUAAUGUGGUUUUAGUUGUCAAUCUUUUCAUGGAGGAGGAAGUCAAGGAGGGGAAUUGGCAUAGCCUUGUACGCGUUAUUGUUUGUUCUAACUGUGAAAAUCUGCUAGUGCUUCAACGGUCCUUUGUCCUAAAGCGAGUAAUUGUUUGCAUCUU